UAACUUCGACGUAAUCCGAUUUUCUCUCUCCUGCAGAAUAUACCAAAAACAAUGUAUGAGAUGAAGUAACUACUCCGUAUUUAGAAUACCUGACUGGGUUUUUGAAGGGUUUAGAGGUUUUUUAAGAGAUAUCUUAUGAACCCCAAAAUCCCAACCAUUACAACAAGGAGAUAAAAGAGAGAGAGAAACAAAAGAAAAGGAAAAAAAAAAGAUAGAAAAAGUGAAAGGAGUAGUCUUUCUCAAUAUAAACACAGAUCCCCAUGAAAAAUUACAAGCAUUUUGCUUGCUUCCUUCUUCCAUUUCAUUCUCUUUGUUUAAUCUAAAGGAUCCUCAAUUUGUUUUCUUUAGAAAAAAAAAAUGAAACAUUUCUCAACUAAAAUAUUUUCUUCCCUUUCAAAAACAAAUAAAUCCGAAGAUAUAUGAUUUAUUUUUUCUAGCCAAUGAUUGAGCUUUGCUUCCUUGUGUAAGAUUCUGGUAUUAUAAUUUUAUAUUAAAAAAAAAAUGAAGCGUUCUAGUGAAAAUGAUAAUAGCAAUGGCAGUAACAGUAGUGGCAAUAGUAGUUGUAGCAACUGGUUAGGUUUUUCUCUGUCUCCGUACAUGAAAAUGGAGGGUUGUAAUUCUUCUGUUGAUGAAGAAGAAGUUGUGCAUCAUGAUUAUCAUCAUCAUUACACUCAUCAUCAUCAAGUUCAGCCGCAACAGCAGCAGCAACAGUCUACAGUGGGUAUGUUUGUUUCUCACCCUCUUCCGCAGCAGCAGCAGCAGCAGCAGCUAAACAGUGGUCCAAUUUGCUUUGAGAAUGGUGACGGAGGAGGUGAAAAUGGUGGGUAUUUUCACACUCCUUUGACUGUGAUGCCACUAAAGUCAGAUGGGUCUCUUUGCCUUAUGGAAGCUUUCAACAGAUCUCACCCACCUGAAGAGCCGAAGCUGGAGAAUUUCCUCGGCAUUAGCUUGGAUAGCAUCUACAGACAGCAGCAGCAGCAACAACAACAGUUGGAAUCCUACAUUUCUGCAAUGUCAUCAUACCAAGGGUUUUCCGAGGAUGACUUACUUAAAAACUGGGUUACAACAGUAGAUAACUUGAGUAAUGGUGGAAGUGUUUCGUCUGCGACAGCCCUUGCUGUUGUUGCUGCAUCAAGUGUAAGUGGUGAUUUACAGUCUCUUUCUUUGUCAAUUAGCCCGGGUUCGCAGUCCAGUUGCGCAACAACAGACAACAGGCAGAUUACUACAACUACUGGGUCUGGGAAUGAUAAUUGUGUUGGUGUUGUUGCUAUGGAUACCAAAAAGAGAGGCUUUGGGAAAAUAGUUCAAAAUAAGCACACUGUUCAUAGGAAGUCUAUUGACACUUUUGGCCAAAGAACCUCUCAGUAUAGAGGUGUUACCAAGCAUAGAUGGACUGGUAGAUAUGAAGCACAUCUAUGGGACAAUAGUUGUAAAAAAGAAGGACAGACAAGGAAAGGGAGACAAGUUUAUCUUGGAGGCUAUGAUAUGGAAGAGAAAGCUGCUAGAUCUUAUGAUCUUGCUGCCCUGAAAUACUGGGGACUCUCUACUCACACUAACUUCCCUAUAGAGAACUACAAACAAGAGAUUCAAGAUAUGAAAAACAUGACACGACAAGAAUUUGUUGCUCAUUUAAGGAGGAAGAGCAGUGGAUUUUCGAGAGGUGCUUCCAUGUACAGAGGAGUUACAAGGCAUCAUCAACAUGGUAGAUGGCAAGCUAGGAUAGGCAGGGUUGCAGGGAACAAGGACCUCUAUCUUGGGACAUUUAGCACGCAAGAGGAAGCAGCAGAAGCUUAUGAUGUAGCUGCAAUAAAGUUCAGAGGAACAAAUGCAGUGACUAAUUUCGACAUAAGUAGGUACCAUGUGGAAAAAAUCAUGUCUAGUAAUGCUCUUCUAGCAGGAGAGCAAGCUAGGAGGAACAACAAAGUGGAAUUGAUAGAGGAAUGUCCUAGUUCGACUGAGAACAAAAGAAAUGCUUCUUCUACAGGAGAGUGGAAGAUGGUCCCAUCAUUCUCACUUAGUCCGACUCAAAACAUGGGUUCAGCAGCCCAUUUCUCGAGUGCAUCGUCGUUGGUUACUAGCUUGAACAGCUCUAGGGAAGGUAGUCCAGAUGAGAAUAUGUCAUCAUCGACAACCUCAAACUCAAUGGUUUUCCCUUGGAUUGCAUCACCAGCCCAGUUAAGGCCUUCUCCUACAGCUUCGACGACCAUUCCUGUGGCUCAUUACCCUGUUUUUGUUGCUUGGAAUCAUGCUUAGUUUUCCUUUUCCUCUAGGAAAAAGGAAGUUGGAGCAGGUUAUUUUGCAUCAGAACAAACUGACAAAAGAUAAAGUAGGAAAAAAGAUACUCAUCUUUAAUUGUGGGGAACAAAAGAGGGAUUAGUGGAAGAAAAUUAUACAAGAUUUUGUGUGAUUAGACUUAAUUAGGGACACAAAUGGGCUCCAUUAAUCUGUCUGUAAGCAUAAUGCUGGAAACUGGAAACUUUUGUCAAACUUUUGUCAAACUUAAUGCAAACUUUUUAGCUCCAAA